GAGCCCCGCUCUACACACACUACAGCCAGUGAUGGUGGGGAGGCGCAGCCCGGCUCCACUGACUGACUGAACGCGCAGCUCCGCUCCCCGCGCUCCCCUCUCCUCUCCGGGGAACUCUCCGGGGAACUCCAGCCCGCCUGGGGGUCCAGCAGGGCGAUGACCGGUGGUCUCAGGGCAGCGUCAGAGGCGUCCGGCUGAUACAGAGAUGAGUCCUCCCUCCUGAACCAAGACAAUGCAGAACAUAUGCACGGACUUCCCGAGAGCACGGUAACAGAAGAACCAUCGCCCUGCAGUUCCUCAAAUGGAUGACAGAGGGUGCCUCCCUCCAAGCGGGAGUGCUGAGCCCAGACUCCCCACCUCAGCUAUUCAACUGGAACGUGACAGUAGGGUCAGACAGAUCCGAAGGGAGCCAGGUGACCCAGUGACAUCCACACAUAUCCGGAAGGAGGACCUCUCAGAUGUGCCACGCAAGGUGCCUCGCUUCCAGUAUGUGGACUUCCCCUCACUGCACCAGUGCAUCAAACAGUUAUCUGUGCCCCCUCUGGAGGGCUGGUUGGCCUCUUGCCCCCUGGGGAGGGUACAGUCCUGCCAGCCCAGCAGUCCCAAGGAAAAGGUGCCCAAGUUUAAGUACGUUGACUAUCCUUCACUGUACCAUUGCAUCCAGCAGCUGUCCGUGCCUCCUUUAGAGAUCUGGAGCUCAGGCCUGACAAAGCCCGGGCCUGCCUCAGGGGACUUAAGGGACAAGACUGUGGCUGGGCAGACUUCCUCUCAGGUGCCUGUGCACCACAGAGAGAAGCACCAAGAGGUGCAGGGGCAUAGAGCUGAGCUGGAAAGCAGAGUUCCAAUUCCAAGUGGUCAUGGAGUCAGGCUGCACCCAAAAGACAUGCUUUCAGGUCAGACUUCAGAAACGGGGAUAAGCCCCCGUACAAAUGUGGAUGAGACCCCUCAGAAGCCCUCUGGUUCUAGAUCUGAGUCAGUCUCUAAAACUGAACCAGAAAGAGUAGCAACAAGGAACGAGAGGGAUAUCAGACCAUCAGUUAUCAGUAUGGUGCGCACAGAACGACACAAACACAGCACGCAACCAGAGGAAAGUUUAAAGAGGCGAACAUCUCCAGAUCCUGUGGAACAAGUGAAGCGGCAGGCAGUUCUGGCAGAGUCGGUCUGUUCCUUCUGCCUGCAGAUAUUUGCAGAUCCUGAAGAACUCUGGAAUCACCAGCGCAGCCACAAAGACAAGAAACCGCACUGAUGACCUGAUUCAGAGGCUCUACGAUAUCACUGGUCACCUGUUCAGUAACCUGUUCAGUUUGGCCUUAAUCUAUCAGCGCAUUCCACAUCUACAGACUGCUCCAGCUCCAGACUGACAAAGCCUUCCCUGCUAGGAAUGGUCGGUCAUUCUGGCUACUGUUACAGUGUUAGCUAUGGGGAGACCAAGCAAUUUGAAGACACAUUAUUAAACAUCAUUAAAAAAAAGACUUUUUGGCCUUUGAGUAAACCCAAACACCAGUUAGCUGUUAGCAUAUGAACCUUUCAAAUGUUCAUUGGUUUAAUUUGAAAGAAAAAAAAACAAUAUUCAAAAUAUAAUGGAUAGACAGGCAGAGACAUGAUUAUACACACACAUGCCUCAUACAAAGGUAAUAUUUACUUUUCUACAUGACCAGCUGACGUAACACUGUUGGCCUCCGGGCUGGAAGAGUGGAGACUCUGGGGGGAGUAUAUCUGAUGAAACUAGCUUUAAAUACAACUGGUGUUCCAGUGUUUCCCAUUUAUGGUCUUUUAGGCAGUAAAUGGUACUUUAUUUACCUAGCAAACGGUCGGGAAGCUCAGAGCCUGGUGUCUCAACAGUGCUGCAGGAACGUACUAUAGAUCAUUAUUACAUCUUUAGAGUUUCUCAGCCCAAUCCAUGGGACCCCAAAGAGCUAGCAGCGUGUGUUUACUUGGUUGAGGUGUGUUGGGGGUAGGGUAGGAACUGAAAAUACAGAGUGAUUCAAAAGUCGCAGGAAACCCUUUCAUUUCAGAAAAGAAAUUUGGUGGUUUUCAAGAUGGCGUCCAUCUUCCAAACAUAGUCUAAAAGACUAUGUCUAAGUCACUUCUCCCAUUACUUGCUGGGUUUUCAAAUGUAUAAUUUUUCCUUUCAGUUUUGAAAUACAAGGAUGUCUUGCGAAUUUUGACUUGUACCCUGUACAUUCAGGCUGGCAUAAGGGCCAUUGGAACUAAGUUUAGGGCUCUAUUUGAGUGGAGAUGAUCCCAACUUUGGGAAACCAGACCCAGAACAAGACACAGACGUGUACACUGGAUGUUAUAAGUACAGUAGUGUCUCUGGUUGACUAUCUAGCUUUGGGUGCCUAUCAAAAAGUGGCUGUUGCAUAUGCUGCAAAAAUAGGCUUGUUGAUCAUUUGUUACCUGAUCUUUUUAAUCUUUGUAUUUCUGAUGUCUUUUUUUAAGGUCAUUGAUGUACAGUUGCUUAGAGUUAAUAGAUCUAAUUUAAGACUUCUAAACUGGUUUUCAAAAUGUUUCUUGUUUGUGUGCAUUAAAGAUUUUUUUGUACAGAUGUAA